AAGCAUCAGGGACUAACACUUCACCAUCAUCCUUUUUACAGGGAGACAAGAUUACCAGCACCCAUCUGCCACUUGGCCCUUUCGCUGUUUCCUGAAAGGUGGCCCGCACUGCUGACAGAUGGCAGAUUUCUCAGUGUUCAUGGGGUUUCUGAAGCAAGUGCCUCGGUGCAGGAGCAUCUUCUUCACCCCUCUUCUCCUCAUCCUCUGCUUGGGAGAGGUAGAUUCAGACGAGGUCAGGGUGCUGGGCCCUGGAGACUCCAUGUUGGCUCUUGUCGGGGAAACGGCUGAGUUCCCGUGCCACUUGUCGCCAUACCAGGAUGCAGAGCACAUGGAGAUCCGCUGGUUCCGGACCCAGGUCUCAAACGUGGUGUACCUGUACCAGGAACAGCAGGGGCUCUCCGACCCGCAGAUGCCAGAGUUCCGCAACAGGACCGUGUUCGAAGCGAAUGACAUCAUGGAUGGCAGCGUGACCCUGCAUGUCCUCAGCGUGACUCCCUCCGAUGAGGGCCUAUAUGGGUGCCGCUUUCUUUCCCACAACUUCUCUGGAGAAGCCACGUGGGAGCUGGAAGUAGCAGGGUUGGGCUCAGACCCACUCAUCUCCCUUGAGGGCUUCAAUGAAGGAGGCAUUCGGCUGCAAUGCAGUUCCAGUGGCUGGUACCCCAAGCCCAAGGUUCAGUGGAGAGACCACCGGGGGCAGUGCCUUCCUCCAGAGUCUGAAGCCAUCAUUCGGAAUGCCCAGGGCCUGUUCAGUCUGAACACAUCUGUGACUGUCCGAGGAGGUGCUCAUAGUAAUGUGUCUUGCUCAAUCCAGAACCCUUUGCUAGCCCAGAAGAAAGAGUUUGUGCUCCAGAUUGCAGAUGUAUUCCUACCCAGAACGUCCCCCUGGAAGAAAGCGUUCCUGGGAACCCUGGCGGCCCUCCCACUCAGUCUGGCUGUGCUUACCAUCCUGGCGCUGCAGUACUUUUACAAGAAGCGGUGCUCCCAAGAAAAGCUGAAGAAGCAGGAAGAAAAGGACAGAGGAAGACUGAUUGCACGGUUGGAGAGACUUCAGACAGAGCUUGACUGGAGAAGGUCCGAAGGCCAGGCUGAGUGGAGAGCGGCCCAACAAUAUGCAGUGGACGUGACCUUGGAUCCCACCACAGCGCACCUUAGCCUGGAGAUCUCAGACGACCUUAAGAGCGUGUCCUCCCGACCGGGGGCGCCCAGUAUUUUGGUCCAUGGCCCGCAGCGGUUCUCGGAGCAGACGUGCGUGCUGAGCCGGGAGCGCUUCUGCAGCGGCCGCCACUACUGGGAGGUGAACGUGGGCCGGCGCAGCCGCUGGUUCCUGGGCGCCUGUCUGGAGUCGGUGGAGCGCUCGGGGUCCGUGCGCCUGAGCCCCGCCGCCGGCUACUGGGUGAUGGGACUGUGGAACAGCUGCGAGUACUUCGUGCUGGACCCGCAGCGCGUGGCGCUGACGCUACGCGUGCCUCCCCGGAGGGUGGGCAUCCUCCUGGACUAUGAGGCAGGGAAGCUGUCCUUCUUCAAUGCGUCUGAUGGCUCGCACAUCUUCGCUUUCACCGACACUUUCUCUGGGGCGCUCUGCGCCUACUUCAGGCCCCGAGCCCACGAUGGUAGCGAACACCCGGAUCCCCUGACCAUCUGCUCUUUGCCGGUUAAAGGGCCACAUGUCCUCGAAGAGGACGACAAUGACCAUUAUUUACAGCCGUAUGAGCCCUUUGACCCCGCCUGGGCUGGUGAUGAGGCGCUGUGGUGACCUUAAGGCCAGGUCUAGGCAGUGUCCUGAACUCCCGAACAGCGCUUUGCUCCCUUGCUGCCAAAGCAUGCAGAGGCCCUUGGGAUACGUAUUUGUGCAUAUAUAAUUAUUUUAAGGACAGCGGGCAAAAAAGAGACCCUUUAUGUAUAUAGCAAGGCUAUAGAGUGUGCACUGUGGGAAUGGAAAAGAAGUCAGAAGUAUUUGCUAAUUUGUGUAUGGUUUUGCAUAUUUUGUGUAAUUUUGUAUAUUCUGUCUAGAAGUAAUGACAUUUCCUAAGUAAUGAGUUCACCUUUGGCUAGAUCUGAAUGUUAAACAUCAUUUCCUCCUAAAACGAAAUGGGAGAAAUGACUGAUUCCAGGACUGGGGUAAAGAAGGCCCAAAACUUGGACCAUUUUGGCUAUAAAAUAAAAGUCAGCAGAAACUGAUAGGAAGCAGCCUAGUUUAGAUCUGCUGGGCAAAUGGGAACUGUGAUUAGUAACUGUGGAGUGCAUACUUUAAAACCAGAGAAAAUGUUAAGAGUUCUCACCAUAAAAAUGGUAGGUGAGGUAGUCUAGAUGUCAGUUGGUUUGCUUUAGCCAAUCCAGCACGCACACAUUUAUGAAAACCAUAUCCACCACAAACAUACACAUUUUUUGCUUGUCAGUUAGAAUAAGUAAAUAAUUUUUUUAAAAAAAUCAAAACAGACAUAUUACAGUCUGUAGUGACUUCCCUGACCUUCUGUGUGGCAUUAUUAACAUGGAAAUCCAUAAUGGCACUAAUGGGCCUCGGGUAGGGUUAGGGUUAGGGUUUGCCUAACUUGAGGGACAAUGGCACAUCUUCAACUCCAGGGACACUUUCCCUGGGGCAGCACAUUAGUUCCCCAGCACAGCAAAAGAAGGGCUAGGAGGGCAAGAAUGCAGUGUUACUCAAAAAAAAAAAAAAAAAAAAACCAUACAUAUUGACAACAAUGUACAGACUGAACAAGCUAUAUUUAGGAAUAUAUAUGUAUACACAUAUACAUGUACACAUGUAAUAACAAUUUAUUUUCAAAAGGCCAUGAAUUUGAAAGUGAGUAAGGAGUUACAGUAUGUGGGGAGGACUUGGGGGGGGAGGAAGAGAAAAAUACUGUAAUUUUAUUAUAAUCUCCAAAAUUAAAAAAAUAAAUAAUGCAGCAUUAGCUACCAACUAAAAUCCAGAUGCAUAAGUCCAUGCCAGCACUUUAAUUUGUUUUUCUUUUUCUGUUUUUUUCAAAGGGGAACCUUUAAAAAAAUAAUCUAAUAAAAUCUACCUAAAAGAUAAUGAUAAAGGGUGUGGAAUGAAAAAGCAAUUAGCUUUACAUCGUGGAAAUAACUAGUAUAGACAAAAGGAGUAAUGGGUGCUAAAAAUCACUGGGCAAAGUCUGCUGGAAAGCAAGAAGUUUCCACAGUUUUCAGUAGCAAUCUUGCAUACUUCUUUAAAGUGAGGGCAAGGGCUUCAGGGCUCUUUCCUCCGCUCCUUGGCAUCCUUCCUUUCUUGGGAGUGCUUUUUCUUUUCUCAGAAAGCGGCUUCUAUUUGCACUCCAUGCCUAACUUAAAAGGCAUGAGUUUUCUCCAUCCCCUCCUUGUGGCUGCCAGAAUUUUAACCUCAUCUGUCCCAGUUUGCAAAAGCCUCUAAUAAAAUUGUCCUUGAGCUUCCUCAAGGGGGGAAAAAAAAGAAAGGGAAAAGUAUCUUUGCAAUGAUAACCUGCAAGAUGAACCAAGUGAUGACAUUUGCAUACUCAAGGAUGAGAUGAGACAUCAGGUCAAAGGAAGAUGAUUAAGAGCCCAAACCUAUUUUUAAAAACUUAGGCUAAUGCUGGUUUUCUGAGUGAAAUAUUAGUGCUGUAGUCAUUCAGGGAAAUACUGCUCUUCACAAACAUGUCCAGACAGGGUCUCUCAUGGGUUGACUCACAGUGGGGUAGGGAUGGCUACAGCCCACUUUCGGGAGUCAGCUGUUGAAUGACUACCACUUGAUGAGCAAAGGCUUCCUCCUUGGGCAGGAGAUGCAGCUCAGUGGUAGAGCACGUGUCUUAGCUCAGU